AUGGCUCGUUCGUUGCUUCGCGGCUUGGCCUGUGCCGCUGCCGCUGCCGCCAUCGCCACGGUAAACGCCGCCACCAUCGCUGCCCAGAAUGACAUUCCCUCAUGGAGCGAGAAGUCUGCCAUGCAGCUGUCGCUGUCUUCUGCUGGCGGCGAUGUCGUGCCUCUGACGUUCAUCGUCAUGCCCUCUACCGAGAGUCUGGGCCUGAAUCAAUCAGACGUCGCUCGAGGGACAAUCAAGAUCGAGGGCACCAUGGUUGCCGCCACCUCGUCAAAUUACAACUCAAUCAACCAGAACUCCCAGAUUGCAUACCUGUCUUGCGACGACAAUGAUGGCAGCGGCUUCAUCAACCCAAACAUGAUGCUAUCCACGUUGAUGGAGAACAAGCCAAGGGCCAUUGUGUUGUACAGCACCGUCGGGAACUGGUGCCAAUUAUCCGGGGACGUCUCGUACGGCUCCAUUCUCACCAUGGCGGAUGCCGGAGACGCGUCGCAGGCCCUGCACAUUCUCAACGGCACAAAUGAGGUGGAUGUAAUCAAGGUCACCAUCACUGGAAACGCCACGUCUGCCAACGAAGGGUCUGGCAACGGCGGAGGCGGUAACAACUCAGCGGUCGCUAUGAGCAUCCUUUAUAGUAUAACGGGUCUCAUCACGCUGCUUUUCCUCAUCAUCAUCGCUACGGGUGCUGUAAGGGCACACCGUUACCCCGAGAGGUACGGACCCCGCAGCGCGUUCAAUGGCCGUCCACGCCAGAGCCGUGCCAAGGGCCUUGCUCGCGCUGUUCUGGAUACCCUUCCCAUUGUCAAGUUUGGCGAGAGGCAAGAGGGUAUCGCUAAGCCCGACCCAAACAUCGAGUUGGAGAGCGCUUCAAUUCAGAAUGAAAGAGGGCCUGAGAGCCGCAAUGAGCAGAGGCAGCAGGAUACUGCCCCAGCAAAUAAGAGCGCAGCAGCCACAACCACCACGGCCAUCGCCGCAGAGGCAACAAGUGCGUCAGCCGCAGCUGCAGUUGCCACUGGAGCUACGGCCAAGACGGCUGCCUCUGAUAGCAAACCCGAGGCCGCGGCUCAAGAUGAAGAGAACUUGGGCUGCUCCAUUUGCACAGACGACUUCACCGUCGGCGAAGAUGUUCGUGUGUUACCCUGCAAUCACAAGUUCCACCCCAACUGCGUUGAUCCAUGGCUGGUCAACGUCUCGGGCACCUGCCCCCUCUGUCGUCUCGACCUGAGACCUCAGGGUGGGAACACUGAAAACCCCAGCGAUGAACUUCCCCCGCCACUGGACCUCGACGGUCACGAGAGUGACGGCUCAUCAACCACACAAAGGCGGCGGACCCGGCUGUUCGACCUCAACCGGUUGAGACACGCUUCCGCCGAAGAGCGUAUCCAGGCCCUGCGGCAGUAUAGAACACAGCAGCAAGGCCAGGACGCGUCCGACGAGUCCGCUGGUGCAAACGGCGACGAGAGACAAGAGAGAAGUCGCAGAGCGAGGAUGGCCGACAAGCUGCGGGAGAAGUUUCGCAUUAGAACAAACCCCCAGUCUUAA